GGGUUGCCACAGGGGCCGUGCAGGCCAUCACCGCCCCCGCCCUGCCGUGGGCAGUGGCCCGAGGGCGGGCUGCGAGCCGCGCAAUGUCGCAGACUGCGGCUCCGGGGGUGGGGGCUUCACGGUGCUGCACGAGCCUCACUCGGGCCUAGUCCCAUGAGGCCUGCUCACCCCGGCACUGAAACCAGGAGACGGCGCAGGACCACAGCUCUGCGGGCCCGUGACAGAGACCGAGCGUGAGGGGCGCCGGGGCUCAGGGCAUCUGAGGGCCCUCUCCGGGCGUCGGGCUCAGGGCCGCCACCGCCACCACCACCACCACUACCACCACCACCUCGGCUCCUGCCGGCGCCGGCGCCUCUCCCGCCCACCCCUCGCCAUGUCCGAGGAACUUUCGGCGGCCACGUCCUACACGGAAGAUGAUUUCUACUGCCCUGUCUGUCAGGAGGUGCUCAAGACGCCGGUGCGGACCGCGGCCUGUCAGCACGUUUUCUGUAGAAAAUGUUUCCUGACUGCAAUGAGAGAAAGUGGAAUACAUUGUCCCCUAUGUCGUGGAAGUGUGACUAGAAGAGAAAGAGCAUGUCCGGAACGGGCCUUAGAUCUUGAAAAUAUCAUGAGGAGGUUUUCUGGUAGCUGCAGAUGCUGUUCAAAAAAGAUUAAAUUCUAUCGCAUGAGACAUCAUUACAAAUCUUGUAAGAAGUAUCAGGAUGAAUAUGGUGUUUCUUCUGUCAUUCCAAACUUUAAGAUUUCUCAAGAUUCAGUAAGGAGCAGUAAUAGGAGUGAAACAUCUGCAUCUGAUAACACAGAAACUUAUCAAGAGGAUACAAGUUCUUCUGGGCAUCCCACCUUUAAGUGUCCCUUAUGUCAAGAGUCAAAUUUCACCAGACAACGUUUAUUGGAUCACUGUAAUAGUAACCACCUAUUUCAGAUAGUUCCUGUGAAUCUUCAGCUAGAUGAGGAAACCCAAUAUCAAACUGCUGUGGAAGAGUCUUUUCAAGUAAACAUGUGACGUGCAUAGACAUGUCUGCCUCCUUGCAACCUACAAGUGCCAUCUUUAAGGAGAAGACAUGAAGUCACCACUUUCAGUAAUUUGCUGUGCAUAUUAAUAAAAAUAAUAAUUCAGUCUACUGUAUUAGGUUUUUAAUUGAAAAUAAAGGUGGGCCACCCUAAUACCAUUCUCUAGACAGUUACUUUAACAGCAUGGAAAGGGUUGUAUUUCACUUGUGUGGUGAAAAGAGAAUCUCUGUUGUCUUUUUCUUCCUUGUAUUACAUAUUCUCAAUGUUUCAUUAAGUUGUUUUUGGUAUUUGAUAUAGUUCCUUCUGUUUAGUACAGAGAUAACAGCAAAUUCUGAACGAUGUGAUUCUUAAAAAGCUAAUAAACCUGAGCCAUUUGUCAGAGCUGUAGAAUGGAAACUUGAAGUGCUGUGGGAUAAUCCAAAGGGAUUUUUUAAAAAAGUAUAGAUUCUAGCUGAGGAGUUCAACAAUAAGAAAAUUGUAUUUAUGUAAUGUUUAGUAUUUUUGAAGACUAGUGAGAUUUCUUUAAUAAUUUUUACUUUGAAAGAGUAUUGUACAAAUGUUUCUUCUUUUGCUAUUAGAAGAACAUCAAGAGAAGUUUUCUUUGGUGGUCAGUUUGUUAUUUCAAUCUAGGUUGAAUAAUUUGUAAGCCUAAAUGUUAUACACAGUUCUUUGUAGUCAGUAUUUCUCACUAGCUGAUGAAACUUUUCAGCCAGUGAAUGAUACAUUCAAUUAGUUUUUUAAAAAUCCAAAGUUGCAGAUGUAUGUGGAUAUGUACAUAGACUUUUGCAUGUAUAUAUACACAUAUAUAUCUUUGCCUAGAGUUUGUCAGGUUUAUGUAUAGAAUUUCUAUUAAAGAGUUUUAAUAAUGGACAAGCAAUAUAGGAUUGAAGUAUUUAUCUCCUUUGUUUAAAAUUUUGUAUGUUACCAAGUUUUUAAAACAGUAAGCCAAAUACUACGUGGUACAGUUGGCUGUUAUUACACCUGAAAAAUGUUAAAUGGUGCUCACUUGUUACGUUUGAAAAUGAUGCAUAGCUGAUGUGUGGUGAGAGAUUUUACCAGCUACUGUUUCACUACAUUUUAGUCAAAACAAAGUUUGUUCUUAAUCUUUGGUAUAAAGUGUUGUAGAGAAGGCCAAGUCACAAAGUAAAGGGUGAAGGGGGAAUUCUGACAUUCCACGCUAACAUAACACUGUUACGCUUUCUUUAAAAUAACUAAACGCAAAAGAAAAUCUCUGAAGUAGUUUGCUGCUAAUAUAUACAUAUAUUGUAAAAGAAAAAAAAGGUAUAUUUUGAUUUUCUUAAUACCCUUGUUGACUUUUCUACAAUGAACAUUUUUAAACUUGAUUUAAUAAAAAUGUUAAUUUUGGAUGUGCAGUUUUGUAAAAAACCUUUUUCAGUUAAACGGUAAUGACUUUAUUUAUGUUCAGUAAUAUAGACUCACAAGAAGCCAUACAUCUUAAUGCCUUUUUUUCUGUUGUUUCUUGAGCGUGAUGUUUACUGUGUUCUCUAGCACUUUGAGUUGACAUGCAAGAGUAAUUCUAGGAACAUCUAUAUAAUGAACUUUUUAAAAGGAGACUUCUGUCCACAGUCCUCUAGUUUAAAGCAAUAACUUGGAUACUUUUAAAGUUUUAUUUAGCCAGUGUGUUCCUAAAUCAUCCUGGGAUGUACAAACUUAAAGGGAAACUUGUACUAGAGAUCAUUUGGGGAUCCUGUUUUGAAGUCUUGUGGAUGAGUUAUAUUAAUAGAUAAUAGCUUUUUCAUGAGAAUUAUCUUUUUUUGCAUUAGUAGCUUCUUAAAUAUAGAAAAAAAACUUUUAAAUUCUUCUUUUGUCAGUGGAUUAAGAAUAAGGAUUGACUUUACAAUUUAAUUCAUGUGUGGGGGGCACCUCAGUAGUCAUGUUUAAUAGCUAUCAGGAUAAAGGAGAGAAGCUAUAAGCAAUAUGCUGAUACAUCAGUUUCACAGUACCAGUUAGAAAAGCCCCUUCUCCUUCAACUUAGUUUAUGUCCAUAAACACAGUGUUGAUUGAGAUGUAUUGCUUUACUUUUCAAUUAAAAUGGUUUUCUCCUA